CGCUCGCUUUCACCGCGCUCAGCCGGAGCCUCCGCCGCAACGAGCCGGGAGCCGAGCCGCUCCGCGCCGCGAUCUGGACAACCGUGCGGCGGCCUGAGCCCGCCCCGCCCGGCAAGGGGGACAGGGUGCCGGGGACCCCCAGUUUUGUUUCCGGAGCUGGGGCGCAGCGGUUUCUCAACUCUGCUCUCCACCCCCACAGGAAACGCCCAGAUCCACCCACCCAGCGCCGAGGUCUACAAAGCCCUGAGCUUCCGAAGGCGGGAGGGGUUGGGCGAGCCCGAGAGGCAGGAGGAUCCCCCCGACCCAGGCUCACGCCGGGUGCCCGGAUCAGGCCGCCUCCGGCCCCAUGAAGACCCCCAGGCCGGGGCUGAGAGCCUGGCGCAGCCCGGACCGAAAUCUUGCGGCGGCCUUAGAGCGUUAGACAGGAUGCGGCUGGGCCGCCGGGCCCUCUGCGUGCUGGUCCUGCUGCUCGCCUGCGCCUCUCUGGGGCUCCUGUACGUGAGCACCCGGGACGCUCCGGGCCUCCGGGCACCUCUUGCGCUGUGGACGCCCCUGCAGGGCCCCUCCAGACCAGAGCUGCCAGACCUCUCGCCUGAGCCCCGCUAUGCACACAUCCCGGUCAGGAUAAAGGAGCAAGUGGUGGGGCGGCUGUCUGGGAACAACUGUAGUUGUGAGGCCAGUGGAGGGAGCUUUCAUUUCCCCUUCCAAAGGCAGCUCCGAGCCAUUGACCUCACGAAGGCCUUUGACCCUGAAGAGCUGAGGGCUGCCUCUGCCUCCAGGGAGCAGGAGUUCCAGGCCUUCCUUUCAAGGAGCCAGUCUGCUGCUGACCAGCUGCUCAUAGCCCCUGCCAACUCCCCUCUUCAAUACCCCCUGCAGGGUGUGGAGGUCCAGCCCCUCCGGAGCAUCUUGGUGCCAGGGCUGAGCCUGCAGGCAGCUUCUGGUCAGGAGCUUUACCAGGUGAACCUGACUGCCUCUUUGGGCACCUGGGAUGUGGCCGGGGAAGUGACGGGAGUGACUCUCACUGGAGAGGGGCAGCCUGAUCUCACCCUCGCCAGCCCAGGGCUGGACCAACUCAACCGGCAGCUACAACUGGUUACUUAUAGCAGCCGAAGUUACCAGGCAAACACAGCAGACACAGUCCGGUUCUCCACGGAGGGACAUGAGGCCGCCUUUACCAUCCGCAUAAGACACCCACCCAACCCUCGGCUGUACCCACCUGGGUCUCUACCCCAGGGAGGUGAGGCUGCCCAGUACAAUAUCAGCGCCCUGGUCACCAUCGCCACUAAGACCUUCCUUCGUUACAAUCGGCUUCGGGCGCUCAUCGCCAGCAUCCGCCGCUUCUACCCAACGGUCACCGUGGUCAUCGCCGACGACAGCGACAAGCCAGAGAGCAUUAGUGGCCCCCACAUCGAGCACUAUCUCAUGCCUUUUGGCAAGGGCUGGUUCGCAGGCCGGAACCUGGCCGUAUCCCAAGUAACCACCAAGUACGUCUUGUGGGUGGACGACGACUUUGUCUUCACGGCGAGGACGCGGCUGGAGAGGCUUGUGGACGUGCUGGAGCGGACGUCGCUGGACCUGGUCGGGGGCGCGGUGCGCGAGAUCUCCGGCUUCGCCACCACCUACCGGCAGCUGCUGAGCGUGGAGCCCGGCGCGCCAGGCCGCGGGAACUGCCUCCGGCAAAGGCGCGGCUUCCACCACGAGCUCGUCGGCUUUCCGGGCUGCGUGGUCACCGACGGCGUGGUCAACUUCUUCCUGGCGCGCACCGACAAGGUGCGAGAGGUCGGCUUCGACCCGCGGCUCAGCCGCGUGGCGCAUCUGGAAUUCUUCCUGGACGGGCUUGGUUCCCUGCGGGUGGGCUCCUGCUCAGACGUCGUUGUGGAUCAUGCAUCUAAGUUGAAGCUGCCUUGGACCUCAAGGGAUGUGGGGGCAGAGACUUAUGCCCGGUACCGCUACCCAGGAUCGCUGGAUGAAAGUCAGGUGGCCAAACACCGCCUACUCUUCUUCAAACACCGGCUGCAGUGCAUGACCGCAGAAUGAUGGCCACUCGGGGCCUUCCAACUCUC